AUGGGCGAACAACUUUGCUAUCAGAACCGGACACAUGCUUCGGGAGUUCAAGUAAUUGUGUCCAGGCCCAAUACCCAAAGCUUGCAAGUUGCAACGUACGAUGUGAUUCCUUAUCCUAUCCAUAACUCUCGUCCUGAAAUCCAAUCGAUUGGAACCCUUGUUUGUGAUAUAUAUGAGCCACUCUCUCCAUCUUUCCAAAUUUUAUGCAAAACGAUUGUCCAUGACAUGAGCGCACAAACACCAUCAAUGACAAUAGUUUCCACCAAGUUAUUGCCUCAGAACCUCCACGCAACCACCGCCCAGCUGAAACUCACUUCCCAUUCACCUCACACCAACGCUGCUGUGAGCUGCAGAGUGUGUAUUUCAUCAAAUGGUAGAAACAGCUCCAGAAACCUAACAAAGGUAAUGGUUUCUGCUGAAACAAAACCAACCCAUUUGCCAAACUAUGAUAUCAAAGAGACCCAUUUGAUCAAGGUCCUUAGCAGGUCUUGCAAAGCAGGCCAGUUCAACGAGUCACUUUACUUUCUUGACCUUAUGGUAAACAAGGGCUACAAACCUGAUGUCAUUCUUUGCACAAAGCUCAUUAAAGGGUUCUUCAAUUCGAGAAAUAUCGAAAAGGCCAUCCGGGUUAUGCAAAUCUUGGAAAAAUAUGGUGAACCUGAUUUGUUUUCAUACAAUGCAUUGAUUAGCGGGUUCUGCAAGGCAAAUCGGAUCGAAUCAGCAAACAAAGUGCUUGAUAGAAUGAGAAGUCAGGGAUUUUCACCUGAUGUUGUGACCUACAAUAUAAUGAUAGGGAGUCUUUGUAGUAGGGGCAAGCUUGGGUUAGCUUUGAAGGUCAUGGAUCAGUUGGUGAAGGACAAUUGCAGGCCAACUGUGAUUACCUACACAAUCUUGAUAGAAGCAACCAUUGUUGAUGGUGGAAUUGAUGAAGCCAUGAAGCUUUUAGAUGAGAUGCUAUCAAGAGGGCUUAAACCUGACAUGUAUACUUACAAUGCAGUUAUUAGGGGAAUGUGCAGAGAAGGGAUGCUGGAUAGAGCUUUUCAGUUUGUUAGGAGCUUAGAUUCCAAGGGCUGCCCACCGAAUGUAAUCUCGUAUAACAUUUUGUUGCGAGCACUUUUAAAUCGUGGUAAAUGGGAAGAAGGGGAGAAGCUAGUGACUAAUAUGUGUUCAAGAGGUUGUGAGCCUAAUGUUGUGACUUACAGCAUUUUGAUUAGCACGCUGUGCCGCGAUGGCAAAGUUGAGGAUGCGGUAAACGUGUUGAAGAUUAUGAAGAAAAAAGGGUUAACUCCAGAUGCUUAUAGUUAUGAUCCAUUGGUUUCUGCUUUCUGCAAGGAGGGGAGAUUAGAUUUGGCAAUAGAGUUCCUGGAUUACAUGAUAUCUGAUGGUUGCUUGCCAGACAUUGUUAACUACAAUACAAUCUUGGCUGCUUUGUGUAAGAGUGGAAAAGCUGAUCAGGCUUUGCAAAUCUUUGAGAACCUAGGUGAAGUGGGAUGCCCUCCAAAUGUGAGUUCCUACAACACCAUGUUCAGUGCAUUGUGGAAUUGUGGAGACAGAGUAAGAGCUCUGGGAAUGGUAUCAGAGAUGGUAGGCAAGGGAAUUAAACCUGACGAGAUUACUUACAAUUCACUCAUAUCAUGUUUGUGCAGAGAUGGGAUGGUAGAUGAGGCUAUUGGGUUGUUGGUAGACAUGGAAACUGGCGGUUUUCAGCCUACAGUUAUCAGUUAUAACAUUCUUCUUCUUGGAUUGUGCAAAACACGUCGAGUUGUAGAUGCCAUUCAAGUGCUCACGGAAAUGGUUGAAAAGGGAUGUCGCCCGAACGAAACCACCUACAUUUUAUUGAUUGAAGGAAUUGGUUUUGCAGGAUGGCGAGCUGAAGCUAUGGAGCUUGCCAACUCUGUUUUUAGUUUAAGGGCUAUUUCUGAAGAUUCGUUCAAACGUUUGAAUAGAACCUUUCCCAUGCUGGAUGUUUUCAAAGAGCUUACCCUGUCUGAGAUUAAGAACUAG